AUGAUGAACAAAAGAGGAAAUAAUGACUACUAUUGUUAUGUUAGAUCAAUCUACCAAUCCUGUAUUAUGACUUAUCAAGUAUAUCUGUUAGACAUUGAAGGGACUGUUUGUCCCAUUGCAUUCGUUAAAGAUGUCCUUUUCCCAUAUUUUGCGUCACAAGUCCCACUUUUGACACAUUCCAAGGAUGGCAAGAUCAUUGAACUUUUAUCACAAUUUGGUAUUGAAAAUGAUGAUGAAUUGACUAAGCAUAUCUUAGAUCUAGUUAAUCGUGAUGUCAAGGAUUCCAUCCUGAAGAAUUUACAAGGUCAUGUUUGGGCUAAAGGAUAUGAAACUGGAGAGAUUAAAGCACCAAUUUAUUCCGAUGCUAUUCAAUUUAUUGAAAGAUACGGGGAUGUCUCUGGUUGUAAAGAAACAAAAAUUUAUAUUUAUUCAAGUGGAUCCGUGAAAGCUCAAAAAUUACUAUUUGCCCAUGUUGAAGGAGGAGAUUCAAAAGAGGUCCUUGACUUGCAGCCUUACAUUAAUGGAUACUUUGAUAUUAAUACAUCUGGGAAGAAAACUGAAAUUCAAUCUUAUGUAAAUAUUCUUAAGGAUAUAAAUAUGGUUGAAGCACCAGAGAAAGUAUUGUUUUUAAGUGACAAUCCAUUAGAAUUAGAUGCAGCCAAAAUUGCUGGUAUAUCUACUGGAUUAGCACUUAGACCAGGUAAUGUUCCAGUUCCAAAUAUGGAUAAGUAUAGUCAAUAUAGUGAAUUCUCUUCUCUAUGA